AUGAGUAACAGGGCGUUCUGUAACAACGAUGGUGACUUUCUCAUCCUCCCGCAGAAGGGGAGGCUCAACAUCCAAACCGAGCUAGGCUGGCUAAUGGUUCGGCCCGGGGAGCUAGCGGUGAUCCAAGCCGGGCUCCGCUUCCGGGUCCUCCUCCCCGACGGCCCGAGUCGCGGUUACAUCCAGGAGAUCUUCGGUACACACUACGAGCUGCCGGAGCUCGGCCCCAUCGGUUCAAACGGCAUGGCGCUUCCCCAGGAUUUUGAAAGUCCCGUCGCGUCCUUCGACGUGGAUUCGUCCGACUGGGAGAUCGUGUACAAGCUGGCGGGAUCGUUGCACGCCUGCCGGCAGGGUCACACCCCCUUCGACGUCGUGGCAUGGCGAGGGAACCUGGUGCCGUACAAGUACGCGACGGAGAAGUUCAUCAAUGUGGCAAACGUCAAUCACGAUCAGGCCGAUCCGACGGUGUACUGUGUGCUCACUGCCAAGUCCAAGGUUCCGGGGGUUUCACUGACGGACUUUCUUGUCUUUACGCCCAAGUGGAUUCCCACAUCGAACACCUUUCGGCCGCCGUACUACCAUCGCAACAUGUCCACAGAGAUGAUGGGGUUGCUGUAUGGCACGUACGGCGGGAGCAGUCACGUCCUGGAGCCGGGAGGUCUGAGCUAUGAGGCGAGCUACAUGCCGCACGGUGAGACGUAUGAGACAUGGCAGAACGCGACGACAAAGGAUUUGAAGCCAGAUAGGAUAUGCGAGGGGACGGUGGCUUUCAUGUUCCACAUCAGUGUGCCGGUCAUGCUGACCCAGUGGGCGAUUGAGGGCGAGGGCUCAAAGGGUUUGCACCUCGCCGAAGACCAGUGGGACGGAGCCAAGGCUCACUUCCUCGAGCAUCUAGACGAGGUGGAAGAGGUCUUGGCCAAGGCAGGGCUGCCAAACCUGGGAAGGAAAAGCGUCAACGGGAAAGUAAAUGGGGCCGUCAAUGGGAAUGGAGUCCAUGGUAUUGUCAAUGGCUACAGCAGUUGA